AGGGCGAGGCGCUGACGUGAGUUCGGCGCACCUUGGUCGGGCAGGUAAGGGCCGGUGCGGGACGCGGAGCGGAGCUCCAAGACUCUACCUGCGCAAAGCCAGGUGUGCUUGGCGGACCGAUCAAGGAGAGCUGUGGCGACGGGAGAUCUUAACUGGGGACGUGGUUUGGAGGGACGUCCGCUUCUUGUCGCCGGACUGAGAAAAGAGUCUUUGGCCAGCCCAGAGGAAGGAGAGCUGACUCGAGGCCCAGCUCUUUGGAUCCCUGUGGAUACACUGCCCGCUCAUCUCUAUCAUGGCCCUCCACCCCCGCAGAGUUCGGCUGAAGCCCUGGCUGGUGGCCCAGGUGGAUAGUGGCCUGUACCCCGGGCUCAUCUGGCUACACAGGGACUCCAAACGCUUCCAGAUUCCCUGGAAACAUGCCACCCGGCAUAGCCCCCAACAAGAGGAGGAAAAUACCAUUUUCAAGGCCUGGGCUGUGGAGACAGGGAAGUACCAGGAAGGGGUGGAUGACCCUGACCCAGCUAAAUGGAAGGCCCAGCUCCGCUGUGCUCUCAACAAGAGCAGGGAAUUCAACCUGAUGUACGAUGGCACCAAGGAGGUACCCAUGAACCCGGUGAAGAUAUACCAAGUGUGUGACAUCCCGCAACCUCAGGGAUCAAUCAUUAACCCAGGAUCCACUGGAUCUGCUCCUUGGGAUGAGAAGGAUAAUGAUGUAGAUGAAGAAGAUGAAGAAGAUGAGCUUGAUCAGUCACAGCACCAUGUUCCCAUCCAGGACACUUUCCCCUUCCUGAACAUCAAUGGUUCUCCCAUGGCACCAGCCAGUGUGGGCAACUGCAGCCCUGAAGCAGUGUGGCCCAAAACUGAGCCUCUGGAAAUAGAUGUACCCCAGGCACCUAUACAGCCCUUCUAUAGCUCUCCAGAGCUGUGGAUCAGCUCUCUCCCAAUGACUGACUUGGACAUCAAGUUUCAGUACCGUGGGAAGGAAUAUGGGCAGACCAUGACCGUGAGCAACCCCCAGGGCUGCCGGCUCUUCUAUGGGGACCUGGGUCCCAUGCCUGACCAAGAGGAACUCUUUGGUCCCGUCAGUCUGGAGCAGGUGAAGUUCCCAGGUCCAGAGCAUAUCACCAAUGAGAAGCAGAAGCUGUUCACCAGUAAGCUGCUAGACGUCAUGGACAGAGGACUGAUCCUGGAGGUCAGCGGUCAUGCCAUUUAUGCCAUCAGGCUGUGCCAGUGCAAAGUAUACUGGUCUGGGCCAUGUGCCCCAUCGCUUGUUGCCCCCAACCUGAUUGAGAGACAAAAGAAGGUCAAACUGUUUUGCCUGGAAACGUUCCUUAGUGAUCUCAUUGCCCACCAGAAAGGACAGAUAGAGAAGCAGCCACCAUUUGAGAUCUACUUAUGCUUUGGGGAAGAAUGGCCAGAUGGGAAACCCCUGGAAAGGAAACUCAUCUUGGUUCAGGUCAUUCCAGUGGUAGCUCGGAUGAUCUACGAGAUGUUUUCUGGUGAUUUUACACGGUCCUUUGACAGUGGCAGUGUCCGCCUGCAGAUCUCCACUCCAGACAUCAAAGAUAACAUCGUUGCUCAACUGAAGCAGCUGUACCGCAUCCUCCAAACCCAAGAAAGCUGGCAGCCCAUGCAGCCCGCCCCCAGCAUGCAACUCCCCCCUGCCCUGCCAGCCCAGUAAUCAUGAAUGCCAUCUUUUUUUACAAUAUUGUACAUAGCGGUAUUUUUUAUUAUUCAGAUUUAACCAGCUUUUGAACCUCUUCUUUCUAACAAUGUUAGUGGCCUUCGAUUCUCCACAGUAUGCCUGGCUUUUAAAGUUGAUUUAAUUUAUGGAAAAAAAUCACCUUUCAUAGUUCCCCUUUCUUUUUUGAAACCUCCCAGUGUUAGUGUAAUGUAGUAGAGGGAGAUUUGGCCUGGGACUUUGGACGCCAGCAUUCUAGCUGCAGCUCUGCUUCAGUGACCUUGAACUACUAAGUCAUUUAACCUCUAGGCUUCAGAUUCAUUACUGUAAAACGAAGGGGUUGGAACAGUGCCUGACAUUAUGCCAGUUAAAACUCUGACCUGAUGACUUCAUUCUACUUGUACAAGGCAUAACUGCCUGGAAUAGAACCCUUCUGCGUUGUUCUUGCACCACAUUUUUUUUUCUUGCUUUCAUUAAAGUUCCCUCAAGCACUGAUUUGUCCAAGAUUGAUCUCCGUUUGACCAGUUCUGCUAGUAUAGGAAGCUGGCUCCCUGACGGAGUAAGCGAGAGGGAGGGGAGCUGGCUGGUUGCUUAGCAACCAAGCUUGAUAUCUAAAUAGAAAUAGGUGCCAAAGUCUGAAAAGCCGCCUGGUCUGUGGAGUAAAGGCUCAUAAACUGAGCUCCUCAAGGGAAUCUGUCAGCAGAAGGCCUAGGGAUUCUGCACAGUUGGUUGUCAGGUGUUUACCUUGCCACCACUCAGUAACACUCCGAGUGUGGUAGGUGAGAGUGUAUGACUCAGUGGUACCUUUCAGAGAGCAUAGAGCUUUUUCUUCUCUCUUCUUUGAGGAAAAGCUGGGAGUGAGCUGGGCAUCUAGGACAAAUUCCUGACUGAAAAAGGGACAGUUCCUUUUUGUUUGAAAACUUUUACAGUUUUGCUAUCAUUUGGACUUUUUGCAGUUGAAAAAAUGAGGUAUUCAGGGUGAAGGAGAACUGGGCAGUGCUUUUCUGCCAAAGGCUCAUCUGGCCCAAAUCUACUUGUCCCCCUUCUUGUGGAGGUAGCUGGGUGUGAACUAUUUACAGGUGAAGAGUGGUGUAGAACAUUGUAGCUAUGGCUGCCACAGACUGGUCUUAUCUAUUAACUCUUGCUCCGUCUUCCAUUUUUUUGUCCUACCCACAACCUUAAAAAAAAAAAAAAA